GCAUUCUCACAACCCAUCACAAGAUCAUAUAUCCGGGACCAUCCUCCUCCCAUACAUCAAGCUCUGGCCUGACUCUAAGCAAGUUGACGACACUUCUCCAGGUUGGCUACCUGCGGUGAUUUGCCUGGAAAAUUAAUUUGAACACCAUGGACGUGCUGUGGUUCCCGCAACACCCCGUGAUUGCCCCUGUGCGUAACAUUCCCAUCAGGAGAUUGCAGUGCCCACCGGAGUCUACCUGUUUCCCUUCACCAAGAUGGCGCUUGCCUCCUCCAGAACAAGUGUGCACAUGCGCCGGGCAGGGUGCUGUCGGUCUCCUAGGAUACCUUGCACAUGACCUACCACGUGAUGCUGUUUUUAUACGUCCUUUCUGCACGCAGCACAGAGCCUCCUCGUGUGCCGGAAACAUGCCGGGUUCUGCUUGUCAUCCUCCCGUAAGAUGGUUGCUGGGUGAUUCCUUCACUCAGUUCCGAUUUGAUGAUGAAAAAGACUGGGCUGCUGAAAAUCUUAGAAAUAAACAGGACUCCUCUGUUUAUCUGGAUUCCCAGUCUCUAGUUAAAGCCCUGCAAAAUCUGCCACUUCAUCUGCGACUCAAUGUGGAAGCUGAUCUUGUUCAGGAAGAGCUGCCUCAGGAACUUCCUUCAGCCAUAGGACUGGGCAUAUCAAACAAGCCAAUGGUCACUGUCCAAAAAAGAAUUGGAGCUUCUGUGGCUUCAGAUCAAGAUUCAUCUUCUCAGCCAGAGACCCAAACUCCUCUAUCUCCCUCUCGAUCAGCUCAAGAUGAAGAGCUUGAUUUCCUGCUCAGCUUGGAUGCCCCUGUCGAAAAAGCUGGCACAUAUUCUGAUGGGAUCAAUCAGCCUAACCAACAGCUAACCUGUGAGGAGCAUGCAACCUCUAUCGUGAAAGCUAUCCCUGAAGAAGCUGAUGAGGAGAAACCCAAAUCGAUUACUUCUGAGGAUCUGGAGGACUGGCUGGACAGUAUGAUCUCCUAGUCUCUCCUAAUGCUUGCAAUGAUGGAUAAGAUUAAAUAAAUAUGCUUUGUUACUGGGA